AUGAGCAGACAAACUCGCGCCCAGACGAUGUUUGUAAAGCAAUUGAUGGCCACCACGACUUCGACGGGGGAAGAAUCCGAAUGGCAAUAUAAUUCGAUAAAUAUUAUACAACCGAUAACUUCCUACGCAAGUUCAGUUCUUGCAACAAUUGGUGCAGCAGCAUCAAAAAGAGCAACACCAAAAACAAGGGCUAGUUCACUGAUUAAAAAUCGCGAAACUUUCAAGUUUGUGUUGAUGGGGCAUUCUUUUCCGGAAUUACUUCGAAAAUCACGACUUGCUACAUUUGACCCUGCAAUACCGCAGGUAUACAAAACAUAUGGGCCUUUUAAAAAACGUGGUGACUGGGGUUUAAAACGAAACCUUCCAAAUAUAUUACGAACUGAUGUAAUAACCGUAAAAGCUCUUGACACCGUAGAGCACCAAACCGACUUUAAAAGUGCACGAAGCUUAGUAGGAUUUGCUCGAAAAUGGAAGGAACUAUUCAAAAUCUCCAAACCACCACCACCGAUGAAAGAAAACCUCGAAAAAAACAUUACUCGAAUGUCAAGACAAGAAUUUGGAAAUUUUCUUAAAGAAGUCGAGAAAAGAAAGGGUGAAUGGGAUGCGCUAAGGGAAAAACCCAUCGAUGUACUUGGUUUUGUGAAUGCUACGGAUGAUAUAAACCCGACACCUGUCUGUGGACUGACAUAUUCCAAUUGUAGCCCGGGUACUAAUGUCCAAGUGCAAGGACGAAUAUUAAACAAGGAUGCAUCGCUUACUGGAUAUGCGGUUGGUUUGGCUGGCAUUGUCGCUUAUUUGCCGACAAGAAAGUCGAAUCGUAUUAGUAGUAUUGAUCACCAAAAAGUGUUUAAUUUCUUUGUGGAGAAAGCGGAGUUCGAUGCACAAGGGAAACCGAAUAUUCAGUUAUCGCAAAUUCCACCGUAUUCAAUGUACAAUAAUUUAGGUUUCUUGGAGCCCGGUGAAAAGAAAACUUCAUUUUUUGAAUCUGCAAGCAUCGGUAAAAGAUGGAGUGUUAAUAAUAGAUAUCAAGUUAGCCAAGUUCUUCUUGAUAAAUUGAGUGUUUUGAUUAAACAAGGAACAUCUUCUGCUUCGAUCAUGGAUGAUGAAGAGAAACAGGAAAAACAGGAAAAUAAACACGAGAAGACAGAAAACGAUUUCUUGUCCAUAUUAGGUCGUUCUAAAAAUAAUAAUUCUAUUUAA